AGCCGGCGGGCAGCAGAGCUGCAGCGGCUGCCACGGCCGGGCGCCCCGACGGGAGGGGCUCCGGAUCGCUGGGAGGCGGCCGAACCCCUGUGGCGCCGCCGCCGGCGGAGGCCCCAUGAGUCGGGGGACGAUGCUUCAGCCUGGAGCGUGGCCGGGGGAGAGCUGUGCCGAGAAGCCGGCGCGGGAGGCGGGGGCCGCGGCGCUGGAGGGCGAGAAAGCGGUGGCCGGGGGGCAGCCGCGAGCCGCGGUGCGGUGCCCGGCCGAGCACGAGGAGGACAUGUAUCGUGCGGCGGAUGAAAUAGAAAAGGAGAAAGAAUUACUUAUACAUGAAAGAGGGUCAUCAGAACCCAGAUUAAGUGUAGCUCCUGAAAUGGAUAUCAUGGACUAUUGCAAAAAAGAAUGGAGGGGAAAUACGCAAAAAGCAACAUGCAUGAAAAAGGGCUACGAGGAGGUGUCUCAGAAAUUCACCUCCAUCAGGCGAGUCCGUGGAGAUAAUUACUGUGCGCUGAGGGCCACGCUCUUCCAGGCCAUGAGCCAGCCGGCCGCGCUGCCCUCCUGGCUGCAGGACCCGGAGCUCACGCUGUUACCAGAAAAACUCAUAAGCAAAUACAGCUGGAUCAAUCAGUGGAAGCCUGGACUGAAGUUUGAGGGGAAGAGCGAGGACCUGGUUGAUAAAAUUAAGGAGUCCCUCACUUUACUGAGGAAGAAGUGGACAGGCUUGGCUGAACUGAGAACUGCUGAAGCGAGGCAGAUAGCUUGUGAUGAACUGUUCACGAAUGAAGAAGAGGAGUACAGCCUCUAUGAAGCUGUAAAAUUUCUCAUGCUAAGCAGAGCCAUCGAACUAUAUGAUGAUAAAGAGAAGGGAAGGGAAGUGCCGUUCUUCUCUGUGCUUCUGUUUGCUCGGGACACGUCAGGUGACCCCGGACAGCUGCUGAGGAACCAUCUGAACCAGCGCUCACUGAAGCUUGUGGGUAACUGACAUUUCUGAAUUAACAAGACGACCAAAGGCUGGAACGAACACUGUCAGCACCGGGGACUGGAGGCUUUAAACAGGAAGGGGUGAUGGGACACCCAAAGAACUUUCCCAAGUUCUCAGGGAGAAAAACGCGCAAUAUGUGUCUCGUGUGUGGGUGAGGUCUGUCUAGAGAAGGUAUGUAUAAAUCUAUCAAGAAGCUGAAUUUAUUUGAAACACCCAAAGAAAAGAAAUCCCACAGAAAUUUGGAAGGGUAUUAUAGAUAUCACUAGAAAAAUUCAUAAAAUUAUUCACUGGCAUCAAAAAUACCAGUAGCCAUUUAUUUACAGAUACAGCCAUCCUUUCCUUACACGGCAUCCCGCCUGUCUGGGGACAAGGAGGAGAGGGCUGGCAUUCUUUGCUUCCAGCGUGCCAGGCGCUGUGUGCUGAGCUGUUACCCCUUUGCAAAGUCUUAUAAGGUGGGUAUUCUUCUCAUGCCACAUGGCAGCUGGGGAAGCCCAGGCUUAUAGUUUCCAGAGACCACCCAGCUGGUGAGUGGUAGGGUCAGGGUUUGAACCCAGGCCCUGGGGCCUCCGGGCCCACAUCCAUGAACACUGUGUGAUGUGGUCCUGAAUUCAAGCCUAAGCUACUCCCUCUCCUUUGGUUCUCUGACCCUUCCCAACCCACCCCUUUUAUUUAUUUAUUUUUUAUUUAUUUAUUUUUUUUUGUGGUACGCGGGCCUCCCUCUGUUGCGGCCUCUCCCGCUGCGGAGCACAGGCUCCGGACGCGCAGGCUCAAGGGCCCAGCCGCUCCGCGGCACGCGGGAUCCUCCCGGACCGGGGCGCGAACCCGGUUCCCCUGCAUCGGCAGGCGGACGCGCAACCACUGCGCCACCAGGGAAGCCCCAACCCACCCCUUUUAAAUCAAAAUCCGCAAAGAGGGCAGUCAAGUGUCACUGAGAGCCCAGGGCCCUUGGCACCAUGCCCAGCCCUGCAUCUGAAUCCAUCUCCGGUUCACAGGGGCCGGCUCUCAAAACCUCCUUGUUUUUGUUUGUUUGGGUAAAGGGCCGAUUCACUCCUCGAGCCACACUGGUUAAGAGCCGUCUCUGAGGGAGGAUUAGAGGCAGGCCUUUGAAAACUGUCUGGUACCUGCUUAAUGAGGAGGAGGUCUCCCAGGCACUAUUAUUUGCCACACGUGCUGUCAGUGUCGCGUGGUGGUCCUUUGAGGCUGUGGCCCUGGGCUCAGCAGGUUCAAAAAGACUCCGGAAAUAAUCUCACGGCACAACUCAAUCGUGUUUCCUUCACUGCCUGAACAAGUGGGCACGCCCACCCAGAGCUGGAAAUGCAGUAAAGUAUUUUAAGAUAAAAUAAAGAACAUUUUCAGUAAAGGCCACGUAUCAGUUAGCUAAGACUGACUUUACUUCCCCGUUCACUCUCUUAGUCUGCCUGCAGGUACAGAAGACACCUAAGUGCUGGGAGAAGUAAAGCAGGUAUUAAAUUCUCCACUUGCAAACAUGAAAAUAAAUAAAUAAAUAAAUAGAUAGAUAAAUUCUCCACUUGCUGUUUCCGUAAGACAUCUCUGCUCUUGUAUUUCCAGGCUCUCCAGGUGAGAAUCUGAACAUAGGGUUUGCUUAGAAAUACUGUUCACGCAGGUCAGCACUAUCCCCAGAUUUAUGGGCUUAAUUGUGUCUUUGCUGAUGGGGCUUUUAGGGGGUGAGGGUAGAGGGUGGUUGGUUUCACAGCAUCCAAUAGAAGUACCAGUGUUUGAUUUAUGUUACCUUAAUGUUUUGGGGAAAUACCUCUGUGUAACCAGAAUAAUCCUUGAUUGUUUUCUCUUGUUUCUGGGUCCAAUGUUCUCUGGCUUCACUAAACACAAAAUGAUCAUGUAGCGCACCUAACGGCGUUUUAUGUCCUCACGUGCUGAUUUCACUAUGUCUAUUCGGUGUUUCCUGAGAUAAUUUACAAAAAAAGUUUUAAGAUAUUUUACAUGGGCUUUGCUGACUCCUUACAUGUCUUAGCAGCAUAAAUCAACAGGAUAUUAAAGUUCACCAGGAAGCUGCUUGUGUUCAGAGCCCAAAGCACCUGGGAGCGAGAGCAGACGCUGAAAUCAGAAAACCGAGCGGCCACGAAUAUCACAGCCUCGUUUUGUCCAUACGUCUCAUCGUGAUUAUUCUUGGGAGGGUCUGGACCACACAUCUGACCAUUACAUACUGUAAUGUACCCACCGGAUAAGAAGAAAAAGGCUCCCCUACUGCUUCUGUCUUUAAGCUGAGAUGAAUAAAAGUGAUUUUUUAAAAAGCCACAGAGAGUCAUAAAAUACAGUUCCUGGAAGUCUAUGAAUUGAUCCCCACUGGGUUAUCUUGAAUAUUGUGUGGGACGAUUCCUGACUGCCUUCUCCCUCUGAUAAAUCUGCUUUUGCACCAGAAAACCCUCGGAGUGGAGCCUGUGAACCACAUCCUCGAUGUGAGGCUGGGGUCCGGCAGGCAGCACGGGGAAUGUGUAGGAUCCA